AUGUGGCACGAGGCGCGGCGGUCGGAGAAGCGCGUGCACGAGAUGAUGGACGCGGCGAAGAAGCGCGCCGAGCGGCGCGCGGAUCAGCGGUCUCGGCGCGCGGGGGACCCGACGCAGCUGCUGCGCGUGGCGGGCACCAAGCUCCGCCUGGCGCACGACUCCGCCGUCUACCAGUCCGCGCAGGACCUCUCCGGCCUGUCUGCUCUGCCCCGCGCAUAUUCCCGUCACGUGUUCCCUAUCCUAAUGCCCCUCUUUUUUCUUGCCCUCCUGCUCCCCUCCCUUUUGUUUCUUUCCUCUGCACCUCGCUUUUCGCUGCACCGCGCUUUGCUGUUUCUCGCUGCUCCUCGCUCCUUUCGCUGUGCGCCAUGCCCCGUGCUCCUCUCGUCUUUCUCUGGUCUGCUGGUCUGCGCGUUUUCUUCCGUCCACCCCGCUCGACCGCGCUGCAGCAUCCCGUGGAACAACAGAGAAGACACGCUCAUAGACAGGUACGACGGCCGUGCGAUGCUGGAUUUUAUUCGGGAAUACGAUCCGCACAGGCACGGGUUGAGGGAGAUGACAGAGCAGCAAGAGGAGGAGGAGGAGGCGUGUAACUUUGAGCGGUAUCGGGAUCUUGUGCGAUUGGGCUGGCAUGCAAAGACUGAGGAGGAGGGGUUGCAGCAGGUGGAGAAAGAGAUGGAGGCGCGAGCCCACGCUCAGCUCAAAGCCAACAGGCCAAAACUGCCUGCUGCUGCAGCAGCAUCCGCAGUAACACCAGCAGCAGGCAAGGGGGCUUAUGCUAACAUGCCGUUUUCUUAUGGAAGCAGUGACACUAACGCAGGUGACUGUAACGAGGAUGAGGAAGAGGAGGAUGAGGAGGACGAGGAGGAGGAGGGGGAGGGGGAUGGGGGGGAGGGGGGAGACGUGGAGGAAUACGGGUGGAUGUCUCCUGGUGGGCGGCAGCGUUUGGCAGAUAUGGCGGAGCGGUACGGCAUAGAGGAGUACGGGCGGCACAUGGAUUUGGCAGUAUCUGCCAAGGAGAAAGAGAAGAGGCUGCGACAGAUGACAGGCAAUGAUUCGCGCCCUUCACGCAAGGAGAGGAAGAAGCUUGCUCGGCAGGGGAAGGGUGCGGGAGCACAGGGGAAGGGGGGACCUAGCCCUGUUUCCCUCUCAUCUCCUCUUUCAUCAACCCUCUGUUCUCUUCUGCCAUCUCUGCUUCCCCACCAGCGUCCCUCACGCAAGGAGAGGAAGAAGCUUGCUCGGCAGGGGAAGGGUGCGGGAGCACAGGGGAAGGGGGGACCUAGCCCUGUUUCCCUCUCAUCUCCUCUUUCAUCAACCCUCUGUUCUCUUCUGCCAUCUCUGCUUCCCCACCAGCGUCCCUCACGCAAGGAGAGGAAGAAGCUUGCUCGGCAGGGGAAGGAAGGGGGAGGGCAGGGGAAGAAGCAGCAGGGGAAGGGGGAGGCUUGGAAGCAGCAGGGGUUGGUGGGGGUUGGGGGGCACACAGAUGGGCAGAGGGGGCACGAUGACAGAGGGAGGGACAGGGAGAGAGAAAGAGGUUGGGAUAGGGAUAGGGAUAGGAGAAGGGAAGGGGACAGGUGGGACAGGGAUUUAGACAGAGGCAGGGACAGGGAUAGGGACAGGGAUAGGGAUAGGGAGCUGGAGAGGGGUAGGGAAAGGGAUAGGGGCAGAGGGGAAGACGCAGGGGGGAGGGGGUCAAGAGGGGUUGGGGAGAAGGAGGGCGGGAUAGAGUUUAUCACCCAGUUUGGCGGGGGUGUGGGUGAGGAUGAGGGCUUUGGCAGGGAGAAGGAGAGGAGGGGAGGUGAGGAGGAGAGGAGGAGAGGGUACGGUGGAGAGCGGUUCGAGAGGGGUUUGAGUGGGGAUGUUUCGAUUGGCUCCCCAUCGCCUGCCUCUUCCAAGCAGUCGCCAGCUCUCAGCCGUCGCUUGCUUGCGCCAUCCUCACUGCCUCGAGUGGCAGGGGCAGCAGGCAAGGGAGCAGAGGGAGGGGCGAAGGAGACCCCGCAGGAGAGGCUGAAGCGGCUGAUGGCGAAGCAGCUGAACAAACACAUCAAGAAGGAUACAGCAGCAGAGAAAGCGAAGAAGGAGGAGCAGGAGAGGUUGAAGAGAGCUAAGCUGGAAGAGACUCGGCGUGCUGCUGCUAGGCAACUGAAUGAAGCAUACCGCCUCGCCUCCUUUUUGAGGCACAUUUAA